AUGGCACUUCAGCACUACAAUUCCAGGGAUUUGAAAACCAUCCCAAAUACUGUAUCCGAGACAGAAAAUUCCAAUGGUUGUUUUGAUUGCAACAUCUGCUUUGACUUUGCACAUGAACCAGUAGUGACCCUAUGUGGCCACCUCUAUUGUUGGUCAUGUAUCUACAAGUGGCUAAGUGUCCAAAGUGAUUCUCUUACAACUUAUGAGCACCCACAAUGCCCAGUUUGCAAGGCUGUUAUAUCCAAUAGCACAAUGGUUCCACUCUAUGGCCGUGGCCAUUCCACAGCUGAAGGGAAAACAUCUUCUUGUGAUGCUUUGAUACCACCAAGACCACCUGCUUCAUGUGCUCAAGUUCUUUUGGGAACAUCAUCUCAAAGGAAUCAGCGCCUUCCAUAUCGUAAUCCUUAUCAGAGACACUAUUUCAGCUCUAGGUCAUACCAAGAAGAGGAUGAUUCUUCACAAAUGUUCAAUUUUGGAUCCCACCACCACCCUGUGACUGGGAUGUUUGGGGAGAUGGUUUAUUCCAGAGUGUUUGGCAACCCAGAAAAUUUGUAUGCAUACCCCAAUUCUUAUCAGCUGAUGGGAAGUUCUACCCCUAGAUUGAGAAGGCAAGAGAUGCAGGCACACAAAUCUUUGAACAGAAUCUCAAUUUUUCUCUUUUGCUGUUUCCUUCUUUGUCUUCUUGUCUUCUAA